AUGCUUUCCUCCAGUGCUUCUGGGAUCUUUUCUUUUUGUCAGACAGGACCAGCGGACCUGGGUGGUUCGUCCUGGGAUGCGACAGUUGAAGGAUCACAGAACUUCCCAGAGUUUCCAGAUGCCGCGGAGUAUUACACCGGAGAGGCCGAGGAGUUUGUUCUUCCCUUUGACCAGAACACCCCCAAGCCGGAUCACGCAGAGGCCAUGGAUGAUUUUCAAGCCAGAUGGACACCUGCAGCCGCAGUCGAUAGCAAGGCUCUGAAGGCAGAGCCGAUGCGCAGAGGAACUUCGCGCAGCUCUACCGGGAGCCACAAGCACAGGAGCACCAAGACAUCAGCAGCAUCAGCCAAGAAGAGCCGGUCAAGGGUGCAGUCAAUCCUCUCACAGGCGUCUUCACAGAUGUCCAAACUUGACAUGACAGGUAAUCCAGCCCCUGCCUACCAUGAUGGCGCCGUGGCAGCCGGCCGCAUCAUGGACGUGCAGCAAUACCUUGCUCAGGACCUUGACACCCUUUCUGUGUCUUCACAUGUGAAUGGACCCGUCUUUUAUCCCGGAAUGAUGGGUUACCCGGAUGGUCUACCCUACUCUGGAGAGGUCGGUGCCGGCGUAGCCCAGCACGUGAACCCCCAGGUUUUCGAUGCUGGCCUGAUUGGGGCCUCGCCACACUCUUGGGGCUCGCUGAGCCCGGUUGAUUCCCGGUUGUCUUCUCCUGGGAUCCACGACGGAUCGGAUGAUGUCUGGUCUGCGGUCCCGUCCGCGUCUUCACCCGAGGAGAGCCAGAACUCAAACUCGCCGCCUUUGCCAGGCCAGUCACCCAGGAUGAACCGGAAGUUGGAUGUCUCCAAAUAUGUUACCAACGAGGACUUGCAUGCAAACUUCCCCGUGGUUGGAGAGGAUGCUUUCUCGCUUCCCCACCCUGCCUAUGUCGCUUCUCGUCGCCUCAGCGGCGAAGGUGAGUCUGCACGGGACCAUCAUCUUUACAAGAAUGCAUUCCCCCAGGCGGACGGGCUGUUCCACUGCCCAUGGGAGGGUCAGUCGGGCUGCAACCACAAGCCUGAGAAGCUCAAGUGCAAUUACGACAAAUUUGUGGACUCCCACCUGAAGCCUUACCGCUGCAAGGUUGAGGGUUGCCAGAAUGCCCGGUUUUCUUCCACGGCCUGCCUACUCCGCCAUGAGCGUGAGGCCCACGCCAUGCAUGGCCACGGCGAGAAGCCUUAUCUGUGCACCUACGAAGGAUGUGAGCGCUCCGUUGCCGGCCAUGGUUUCCCACGCCAGUGGAAUCUGAGGGACCACAUGCGGCGCGUGCACAAUGACUCCGGCGCGGCCGCCCAGCCUGCAUCUCCCCCGGCGUCGGCAUCCACCGCUGCGUCCAACAGGGGUCGUAAAAGGAAGAAUGAUGUCCAAGAAAAGCAGCCCAGCCAGGAGAAGUCCGGCUCUCGAAAGCCGGCUAACAAGGGCGCCGAGCCAGCACCUAAGCAGGUUGAAGUUGUCUCCAGUUCGGAGCUUGACCAGUGGUACGAGCACCAAAGGGCACUCCAGAAUUUUGUCCAGGGUUGCAUCCAGCCGGACGAUCCCCAGAGCCUCCAGUAUAUCAAGGAUGCCCAGGAUCACCUUGCUGCCAUGGGGAAAAUCUCGCACGAGCUGGUGAUUGCCAAUAAGGCCGAGGUCCUCCGGGGCCCCUACCGCCGAUCUUGGAGAGGUUGA